GAUUGAAAGCUUUGAAGAAUCAACAAAGGCAGAAGCAAUGGGUGAAAUGACCCAAGAACCAGGCUUUGAAAUUCCAAACCAGGAAGAAGAUGACCUUAAACUCCAAGAACCCAUCAACCUAUCCCUCCUCCACCUUGAUAACUUCAAGAACAACCAGCAAAACCGCCAUUCGUGCACAACCUGUGCCUGCAAUGUCACCGCUUCCAACCCAAUGAAACGUCCUUCUCCUGAAUCAAUCGCUGAACACAAGUCCAAAAAGCCUUUGCUCGAGAAUCAGUACUCCCUUUCUGGCUUCUCCAAGAUCCCUCUUCCACUGCUUCAACGCUCUACUUCUGACCCUUAUACACCUACAAAACCUAACCUUUCGGACACUGCAAAGACCUUAGAAGAUACCCCACUGUCAAAAGGAAGUGCUUCUUCUUCAUUGCCUCCAAGAGCCCCUGUCUUAAGCAGGUCUAUAUCUGAUCCCAUUUUUUCUCCUGCCAAGUCCUUGUCAAGGUCUUCAAGCUCCUACGAGAUGGGGGUGGAAUUGAUCAAGGAAGAGAGUCCCAGUGCCAAGAGAUUGAAGAGAAUGAAGGAGCGGAUGAAAGAAAUGAGCAAUUGGUGGGGUGAGGCUAUGCAAGUUGAAGAUGUACUGUGCACCACUGAGGCAAUCAAGGAUAAUGGUGAGCCAGAUUGUGAAGAAGCUGUGAGAGUGGAGAAAAUUGGGGAAUGUUUGGACCUUCAUUUCAAGUGCCCUUGCGGAAAAGGCUAUAAAAUUCUUCUAUCUGGAAAGAACUGCUAUUACAAGCUCAUCUAGAUUUGGUUCUUACCAUCAACGGUUGAGUGCUCAUCAAUCAUUAUAUGUCAACUUCAUUUCUUUUGUUAGAAUUUAUUCUUCUGGUACCUGCACCAGUUUGAGGAAUUGUAGCUUUUAUUUUCUUUUUGGCACAUCUUUGAACCGAGUAACCCGUUUCGGACUUCAACUUGCUUA